AUGUCAUUUCAGAGAUUACUUUCUAGGUCAGAUACUUUUCUCAGAGGCAGACUAAUAUCAUUAGGACAUCAGGGAUGUAUUUAUAUUCGUCAUGGUGAGCCAUGCAACAGCUCCCACUUCUCAACCUCUCAAUCGAGGCAUGCACGUUUUUAUACAGACCCCACCGAGACCAUCAGAGACAUUCCGGACGGCUCCACGCUUCUUGUCGGAGGCUUUGGAUUGUGUGGGAUUCCGGAGAAUUUAAUCAGCGGCCUGUUGAAAACAGGAGUGAAAGGAAUCACAGCUGUGAGCAACAAUGCUGGGGUUGAUAACUAUGGCCUGGGCCUGCUUCUGAAAACCAAGCAGAUAAAACGCAUGAUAUCGUCGUACGUUGGGGAGAACGCAGAGUUUGAAAGGCAAUAUCUUUCAGGUGAACUGGAAGUUGAACUAACCCCUCAGGGCACGUUAGCAGAGAGGAUACGGGCUGCUGGUGCCGGCAUUCCAGCUUUCUUCACUCCUACCGGUUAUGGAACCCUCAUCCAGGAGGGAGGCUCACCCAUAAAAUACAACAAAGAUGGCAGCAUUGCCAUUGCAAGUGAGAGCAGACAGGUUCAAGAAUUCAACGGCAGGCAUUAUGUCAUGGAAAAAGCCAUCACGGGUGACUUUGCUCUGAUAAAGGCCUGGAAAUGUGACAAAGCAGGAAAUCUUGUUUUCAGGAAAACAGCUCGGAAUUUCAACCAGCCAAUGUGUAAAGCAGCCAAAGUUACAAUUGUGGAGGUUGAGGAGAUCGUUGACAUUGGAAGUUUUGCUGCAGAGGACAUUCAUGUCCCCAGCAUCUAUGUAGAUCGAGUAGUAAAAGGUGCCAGCUAUGAAAAACGAAUUGAGAAAAGAAAGCUUCAGUCUAGACAGACGGAGAAAACACAAAUAAAUCAGGACUCAGAUAUAACCCGUGAGAGGAUCAUCCGGAGAGCAGCACUGGAGUUUAAGGAUGGGAUGUAUGCAAAUCUUGGCAUUGGAAUCCCUAUGCUGGCCAGUAAUUACAUAAACCCUGAAAUCACAGUCCACCUGCAGAGUGAAAAUGGAAUCCUGGGAUUGGGUCCUUAUCCAACAGAGAGUGAAGUGGAUCCUGAUUUAAUUAAUGCUGGUAAGGAGACAGUUACUGUUUGUCUGGGAGCUGCCUACUUUUCCAGCGAUGAGUCUUUUGCCAUGAUUAGAGGAGGUCACAUUGACUUGACAAUGCUGGGAGCAAUGCAGGUUUCCAAAUAUGGAGAUUUGGCCAACUGGAUGAUUCCAGGUAAAAUGGUCAAGGGUAUGGGUGGGGCCAUGGACUUGGUUUCAAGUUCUGCCACAAAAGUAGUGGUCACUAUGGAACAUUCUGCUAAGGGUGGAAAGCAUAAAAUUCUAGAGAAGUGCACCCUUCCCCUAACUGGAAAACAGUGUGUUGAUCGUAUAAUCACUGAAAAGGCUGUGUUUGAUGUGGAUAAAAGUAGGGGUUUAACCCUCAUUGAGAUUUGGGAAGGGCUGACCCCAGAUGACAUCAGAGCAUGUACCGGGACAGAGUUUCAGGUGUCUGAACAAUUACGACCAAUGCAGCAGAUAUGAGGAGGUAUGCUGAGGACUGGACUGCUUUGAUUUUCAUGCAAACUAUUUUUUGGAAUGUGGUAUAUGAACGCAUUUUGUUUCCAGCUUUAAACAGAUUAAUUUCAUCAUGUGACAUGUUCAAUGCUAGAAGAUAUUGUAAGACUCAAAAACUUUAUAGUAAAGUUUAAGACACUACCAGAAUUGAAAUUAAUUUGUUAUA